GAUUACAAGUGGAAUCACAACAGAAUCAAACAAACACUCAAUUCUCCCUUGCGUGUCAUUAGUGCUUUUACAGCCAGUCUCUUUCUAGAAGAUUAGGUGUGUUGUAAAUACGACCUCCUCCUCUUUUAUUUUUUCGUCCGUAUUUUAUAUUCAAAGUAUUGAGGAUAAUUUGAAUGUUAAAUUAAAAUGGAACGAGACUAUAAACGAAAAAUUGAAUGCAAUCGUGAAAUAUUAUAAAAGCGUAGUGGAUAAUAAUGUACAAUUAGCGACAUUAGGCAAGAUGUUUAUUCAGUUGAAAGAUUAUGACAAUGCUGAAAUUUAUUUUAAAUUAUUACUCGACGAAUUUUUAUCAAACCAUAAAGAUAUUCCAACGCUUUUGCGGUAUUUAGCCACAGUAUUUCAUUAAAAAAAAAGAUUAUUUACAAUCACAGCGUUAUUCUGAUCAAGCAUUGAAGAUACAGUUUGUUAGUAGGUCGAGGGAUUUUACCGAGAUUAGAUUGAACAUAUAUCGACUGUGUAAUAUAUAUUAUUUAGCCGAACUUUAUACCCACGCAAUGAAGUAUUGCGAACAAGCAAUGGGUUAUCUCAAUGCAGCUUCAAAUCAUCUCAGAUCGAUAUUUACUACUUGUCAGGUCUACUUUACAAUGAAAUGGGUGAGUCAGCAUUAGCAUUAACAAUGUAUACAAAAGCUUUAGAUAGUGAAUUAAGAGCUGAAUUCUCAUCCGAAUUACCAUCAAUUUACGAUAAUAUUGCAUUAGCACUUUCAUAAAUGGGGCGUUUUCGUGAAUCGCUGGAAUAUUUUGUUAUAAGCUCUUGAUGUCGUAUCCUCGACGAUAAAUGAUCCGUACCUUUCAAUAAUCAACUUUAAUAUGGGUUGUACAUUAACAUUUAACAAUCAAUUACCUUAAUCAGGGUCUUUGAAAAAGCGUUUGAAUCAGCCCAAGAUAAUGAGUAUAUUUCAAAUAUAUGUAAAUCUCUGGGAAUAGUUUCUGCUGUUCAAGGUGUAUUUGAUAAAGCAGUAUUUUACUUUGAAAAAUAUCUCGAUAUUAACUUAGCAACAAAUCCAUUAAAUUAUACUUAUAUAGAAGAGAUUUAUGAACGAAAAAGUACGGUGUACUAUUGGAAAUCAGAGGAUGAAUUAGCAUUAGCUAACAAAGCAACUCAAUUAUUAUCCACGACAUAUCCUAGCAUGAAAAAACUUGAAGAUACUGAAAUUAACACUUGA